AUGUUUAUGAUCUCUGUAUUGUUCAAUCUGUGCUGUUGUAUUAGCAACAAAGCCAAUCCACUGUUGGAGCCAUCGAAUAAAGGUAGCGGAUUGAUGUUUGACGAGUACCUGGAUGGAAUUGAUGCGCGUGAAUAUGCCAGGGAUAAGGCAAGGAGAUUCUACGACUACAUUGAUAGAUACAGUAGGAGAAUCCCAUACUUACGUAGACCAUAA